UUCCGCUUUGUCGUCAUCACCGAGCGACGUUUCCUCUGGCAGCAAGUGGCUGGAACGAAAUCACCGCGUUUGAAAGAAAUGGCACCAUCCCCCACAAAGCGGAAGGAGGAGGAAAAAACAAAAGACAGAGGCAAAGAAAAAACUGGUACCAAGGACGGAGACAAGGAGAGAGGACGGGAGAAAGUAAAAAGACGCCGCAGCGCUUCCACUGGCAGUAGCAGCAGCAGGUCCAGAUCUAGCUCCACUUCAAGCAGCAGCUCUGGUUCGAGCUCCGGUUCCUCAAGUGGAUCCAGCUCAUCUGGUUCUAGCCGCUCGGGUUCUUCAAGCUCUCGUUCCUCCUCCUCUUCAAGCUCGUCAGGCUCCCCCAGCCCCAGCCGUAGACGCCAUGACAACCGCCGCCGCUCCCGCUCAGCGUCCAAAACACAGAAGAGGGGAGAUGAUAAGGAGCGAAGGAAAAGAAGCCCAAGUCCAAAACCAACUAAAGUUCAUUUAGGGCGGCUGACCAGGAAUGUCACCAAGGACCACAUCCAGGAGAUCUUUUCCACUUAUGGAAAAAUCAAAAUGGUCGAAAUGCCAGUAGACAGGAACCACCCUCAUCUGUCCAGGGGCUACGCUUAUGUUGAGUUUGAGACUUCUGACGAGGCCCAGAAAGCCCUCAAACACAUGGACGGAGGUCAGAUUGACGGACAGGAAAUCACUGCAUCUGCCGUGCUGACUCAACGGGUCCGUCCUCCACCUCGUAGACCAUCUCCCCCUCGUAGAAUGCCCCCGCCACCACCUAUGUGGCGUCGCAGUCCACCGCGCAUGAGGAGAAGGUCCCGCUCCCCAAGGAGGCGGUCCCCAGCACGCCGUCGCUCUCGCUCCAGAUCUCCUGGUCGCAGGCGUCACCGCUCUCGUUCCAGCUCUAACUCCUCCAGAUAGAGAUGUUUCUUGCCUCCUGAUACAAAGUGAUCUCUUAGAUUGAUUGGAGUUCCUGCUUUCCCAGGUCUUAUGGACUCACCCAGAAAUAAACCAACUGCGUUGUAGCCAACAUAAACAUCUGCCUGCAUGUAGAAAGUGGGAGAGUGUUUUUAUUUUUGUGUGUGCAAAAUGUGAAUUUCUCUUCAUGUUUUGUUUUUGUUGAUUCUGAAAAUCUGCCUCGGUAUUUCUGUUGUUUAAGUUUAGGCUCCACUGAAAUCUACAUGUAUUUCUUUUCAAGUGUGACUUGUUUUUACAAUGUACUGAAUUUUUUAGACAUUUUGAAAAAUAAAAAUGCUGAAACACGCA